AGUAAAAGGUGUAUAUCAACUUCCGGUGUCACGGGGUGCCUGGGAGACGAAACGCAAAAAGCGGGCAUACCGGACAUAUUCCGUAUUUUCUCAUUGUACACAUUUAAUUGCAAAACAUAUAUUGGGACGAUUUCAAACACCAACAGGACAGACGGCAUAAAAUUGGAUGUGCAAUUGUACCAGCAUAUCCGUAUUCACUCGAUUUGCUAACUAGUUAGCAUUAGCUCGCUACCACGACUGCUUCAAGAACAGGCCCCAGCCUGGACUUUGCUUUAGCUAUCUAACUAGCUAGCACAAGAUAACGCGAUUUCUUCGUCAAUGUUAUUGUCUUAUCUUAGCGUAAACUAGAACCACAUCUUUAUAACUCACUUGGAGUUGUUCAUGUUGAUGUGUGGUUCAUUUAGAUAUUUCUAAACCGUUUCAUUGCCGUUGUGUAUCUAGUUAGCAUUUACUAAGUGUGUUGUGCACUUUUUUCGCUAGCGACCACAGCAUUCCCGUCCAUUUUACAGUCACAACUAACUAGCUAGCUAGGGCUAGCAAAUAAGAAACGGCGAUGUCGGAUUUCGACGAAUUCGAGAGACAACUGUCUGAAAACAAACAAGCUCAGUUGGUAGAGCAUGGCGCUUGCAACGCCAGGAUAGGGCGCUCGAUUCCCGGGAACACCCCGGAGAAGGACAAGGAGAACCGCCACCACCGUCGCUCCCCCUCUCGCAGCCGCAGCAGAGAGAGGAAAAGGAGGAGCAGAGACAAGGACAGACGCAGCAGGGAUCGCCGUGGAGACAGCAAGGAGCGCAGACCGAGACGCAGCUCACCAUCCCAACAACAACCCCAAGAGAUUGCUGUAAGUCGUUCCCCGCACCGUGAAACGAAGAAGAAGAACAAAGUGAAGAAGUACUGGGACGUCCCUCCUCCUGGAUUUGAACACAUCAGUGUGAUGCAGUACAAAGCCAUGCAGGCUGCGGGACAGAUCCCAGCCACGGCCCUGCUGCCCACAAUGACCCCAGACGGCCUGGCCGUGACCCCCACUCCCGUCCCUGUGGUGGGAAGCCAGAUGACCAGACAGGCCCGUCGGCUUUAUGUGGGCAACAUCCCCUUCGGCAUCACAGAGGAGUCCAUGAUGGAUUUCUUCAAUGCCCAGAUGCGUCUGGGUGGUCUCACUCAGGCUCCGGGGAACCCCGUCCUUGCUGUUCAGAUCAACCAGGACAAGAACUUUGCCUUCCUCGAGUUCCGCUCAGUGGAUGAGACAACCCAGGCCAUGGCGUUCGACGGCAUCAUCUUCCAGGGACAGAGUCUGAAGAUCCGCCGUCCCCAUGACUACCAGCCCCUGCCCGGCAUGAGCGAGAACCCCAGCGUCUACGUGCCUGGCGUGGUGUCCACAGUGGUGCCUGACUCGGCCCACAAGCUGUUCAUCGGGGGCCUGCCCAACUACCUGAAUGAUGACCAGGUGAAGGAGCUCCUGACAUCGUUUGGGCCUCUCAAGGCCUUUAACUUGGUCAAGGAUAGUGCCACAGGUUUGUCUAAGGGUUAUGCGUUCUGUGAGUAUGUAGACGUCAACCUGAACGACCAGAUCACCAUGGAGAAUCAGGCCAUAGCAGGACUCAACGGCAUGCAGCUGGGAGAUAAAAAACUCCUGGUGCAGAGAGCCAGCGUGGGAUCCAAGAACGCCACUCUGACAAGUAUAAAUCAGACACCGGUGACGCUGCAGGUGCCGGGCCUGAUGAACAGCUCAAUGACCCAGAUGGCCGGCCUCCCCACAGAGGUGCUGUGUCUGAUGAAUAUGGUGGCUGUGGAGGAGCUGGUGGAUGAAGAGGAAUAUGAGGAGAUCGUGGAGGAUGUGAGGGACGAGUGCAGGCACGGCCAGGUCAAGAGCAUCGAGAUCCCCAGACCUGUGGAUGGGCUGGAGGUCCCUGGCACUGGCAAGAUCUUUGUGGAGUUCAUGUCAGUGUUUGACUCCCAGAAGGCCAUGCAGGGUCUGACGGGCAGGAAGUUUGCUAACCGGGUGGUGGUGACCAAAUACUGCGACCCUGAUGCCUACCACCGCCGAGACUUCUGGUAGAGGAUGACUACAGACGAGGAUAGUGAGGGGGGUGGAUUGCCAUAUUUCAAAUCGACCCCCAACCUCCCACCACCUAGGCACUUGUUUUGACCUGAAAAGGUGUGAGGGACAUAAUGUUUCACCUAGUCCAUCAGAAGGCUAGGUGGAGUUCAGAGAAGUGCCUGGGGGUAGGGGCUGGGGAUCCAUUUGCUAUUGGGCAAAAGAGAAGGGAGAGAUGAAGGGUUUGUAUUCUGAUGAAAACU